ACAAACCACCACUUAGUCUUUGCUAGGGAAAGAGUGAAGACGUAUCAAAAGGCUCGAGGAAAAGAGAACCUCAGGACCUGUCCACCUUCUACUUUGCUGUCCUUAGACACACUCCAAUCAACUCUCCAGCCAUGACUGGCUUCAGCUGAUGUGCAGAAAACCCACAAGAGAUCCCAAGGACUUCAGUAGAUGCACUGGUUUAUUUAAUGCUCUCCUAUGUAUGAACUCCCCUUUGGAUAGAAGUGCAGGUGCUAUAAGCCGUAGCCUACAGAUCCAGGGGAAAUGAAUGUCUUCUUGGGGAUCAAGGCUGGUUCCACGCUUCUCUGCAGCUACUUGUUGCUAAGGUCCAUAUUAGCUGAUUUCACUUUGGACAAUGAGGUCCACUCCAGCUUCAUCCAAAGGAGGUUACGGAGCCAGGAGCGUCGGGAGAUGCAGAGAGAGAUCUUGUCCAUUUUGGGGCUGCCUCAUAGACCGCGUCCACAUUUGUAUGGCAAACAGAACUCUGCACCAAUGUUCAUGCUGGAUCUAUACAAUGCCAUGACAGUGGAAGAAGAGGAGGCUGAAGGGUUCUCGUAUCCAUACAAGCCCAUCUUCACCACGCAGGGUCCACCACUUGCUAUUCAACAGGACAGCAAUUUCCUCAACGACGCUGACAUGGUCAUGAGUUUCGUCAACUUAGUGGAGCACGAUAAAGAGUUCUUUCAUCGGAGACGUCACCACCGGGAGUUCCGGUUCGAUCUCGCCAAAAUCCCCGAAGGGGAAGCAGUGACAGCAGCUGAAUUCAGGAUAUAUAAGGAUUACAUUCGAGAGCGGUUUGACAAUGAGACCUUCCAGAUCAGCAUCUACCAAGUUCUGCAGGAACAUCAAGGAAAGGAUUCUGACCUGUUCCUGCUCGACUCCAGGACCAUCUUUGCAGCUGAAGAAGGCUGGCUGGUUUUCGAUAUUACUGCCACCAGCAAUCACUGGGUCCUCAUCCCGCAGCAAAAUCUUGGCCUUCAGCUGUCUGUGGAGAGCAGCAAUGGUCAGAGCAUUAACCCCAAAUUGGCUGGCUUGGUUGGGACUAAUGGACCUCACAACAAGCAGCCCUUCAUGGUGGCCUUCUUUAAAGCUACAGAGAUCCACCUGCGCAGUAUCCGGUCAACAGGUGGGAAGCAGCGCAACCAAAACCGAUCCAAAGCACCAAAGAACCAGGAGGCGCUGAGAGUGGCCAAUGUGGCAGAGAACACCAGCUCGGAUCAGAAGCAGGCCUGUAAGAAGCAUGAGUUAUACGUCAGUUUUCGGGACUUGGGAUGGCAGGACUGGAUAAUUGCUCCCGAAGGUUAUGCUGCAUAUUAUUGUGAAGGAGAAUGCGCUUUUCCUUUAAAUUCCUACAUGAAUGCAACAAAUCACGCUAUUGUACAAACACUGGUUCAUUUUAUUAACCCGGACACGGUUCCUAAGCCGUGCUGCGCCCCCACCCAACUCACCGCAAUAUCUGUUCUCUAUUUCGACGACAGCUCCAAUGUGAUACUUAAAAAAUACAGGAACAUGGUGGUGAGGACCUGUGGAUGUCAUUAAUAGUGAGGGUUCUCAAGUUCCAUCUGCAAGAUCCACCGCCAUAUUUGAUCCAACCAGCUAAGAAUUACCUGUCCAAUCCCACCACUCAUUAUCUAAAGAUCCUGUCCAUUUGUGCUACCUAUAGCCAAGGGUCGUGAGCGAGCUGUCACUGCAGUGCUAAUUCUGCGCCUCCACUGCUGUAUACACAUCCUGUACUAUUUCCCGGGAGAGAAAAGGCGAUGCAAUGAAACGUCAGGUCUAUGUUUUGCAUCGUGAUUGGAGUUCAUAGACUGCACAGUACUUUAAAAUGGAUUUAUGGGAUUUUCCUAUGUCUUUGGUAGCUGCUGACACAAGAUGGACUUGGACGAUUAUCAAUAUUUGGAGACAUUAGACGUUGGUCUGUUGUGUCAGAUUGGGGUCACUAGCAGUCCAUACGCGGAAACUCCCUCAAGAUGAGUUGAUAGAUAGUAAUAAAAACAAAAAAAAGAAUUCUAAUGCGUCCUCUGUCUUCUGUGGACGUCACUAUAUUAUUUCCCUGUACAGAAUCUAGAUGGCACUAGAAAGACAGUUUUUCUGUUUUCGGAUGAACGCUAAUUUGCAUACUUUUUCCCAGGGAGCAUUGCCUGUAAGACUCAUUACACCAACUGGGUCUCUGCAAGGAGAACCAGUACCGUCCAACUGUAACAGCUUGUACAGAAUGGAAAUAACUCACUCUCAUUUACAUCUUGAGGUAUGAAGAUAAGUCUCAUUGUCAUGUUUUAUGGAUGUGCCUACCAUCAAAGGGAAUGCUUACAGUGACAUGUUGGAGGUGUCAUCAAUAAAGACCCUCACAGAUAGCUAGAAGCCUGUCAGUGAGUUAUGUCAUCAGGAGUCCUUGAUAUUCUGGUCAUGGAUUUGCAGUCAGGGUAUACAAUUGGUAGA